CAAUUUACUUGUAUGAAUGUCGCCAUUACACCUCGACCUAUAAUACACCAUAUGAGCUCAUCAAUUUACUUGUAUGAAUGACCCCAUUACACCUCGACCUAUAAUACACCAUAUUAAGCUCAAAAAAACAGACAGAAUCAAAAUGGCAAUUCCUUCCGUUAUGCUAAACUUCUUGUUUCCACCACCACCCUCGUUGUUUGUCUCCACCAUGUCCGUCAUCGGCCUUACAUCGUUAUCGAGUGCAGGGUACAUGGAGAUCAAAGGCAAGCAUAUGCAAUAUUCCAAAUUCUUGAAUGUAGGCGUUGUAAAGAAAGAGGAUAAUACAAAGUUAUCAAGUAGAAACGGUAUGCUUUUUUCGUAUACACCCGCGUUUCUCGUGGGCUUGGCUUCUUUACUGGUGUUUCACGAUCAAGAUCUUAGAUUCAUGUUGCUUGCUUCGGCUCUCACCGCUCAUUUCCUCAAAAGGGUAUUUGAGGUCCUUUUUCUUCACAAGUAUAGUGGUUCCAUGUUAUUAGAAUCGGCAAUAAUCAUCUCAUCGAGUUAUACCUUUUCCACGGCGACAAUGAUUUAUACUCAAUAUCUAUCGAAAGACUUUCCCGAGCCUUUGGUAGAUCUAAAAUACAUUGGAACUGGGUUGUUUGUAGUCGGAAUAAUUGGAAACUUCUACCACCAUUAUCUUCUCGCUAAUCUGAGGAAGAAUGGGGAAAGAGAGUACAAAAUCCCACAAGGUGGUUUGUUUGAUUUGGUCAUAUGCCCACACUAUCUAUUUGAAAUUCUUGGGUAUGUAGGGAUUUCAUGCAUUUCACAAACGUUGUAUGCGUUUGCUUUCACUUUGGGCACAAUUGCAUACUUGACAGGGAGGAGUUACGCCACCCGGGAAUGGUACCUAUCAAAGUUCGGGGAUAAGUUCCCUAAGAAUGUUAAGGCUUUUAUUCCUUACAUUUUUUAGGCAAUUACCUACCAGAAGAAUAUAAGAUCAGUUAUAAACCUUAUGUCUAUUUAUUAUUAUUAUUAUUAUUAUUAUUAUUAUUAUUAUUAUUA